CUUUUGAACUCAGUAAUAGAUAUAUUCCGAAACAUCAGAACACGUCGACUGACCUACAUAUUCAGAUAGGAAAUCAUAACAUAGAGAAACGUGAACCAUGGAAAACCUAGAUUCCACCAUCAAUAGCACCGAAAACAGUCGUUUUUCCGCACUUUACAGUGGCUUGAUUAAGGAAAUAUCUGCAAACUCCAAAAUGUCCACACUGGACAUCACCUGCUUGCUCUGCGUUUACUACAAGUUCGUCAGAUUCAACGGACCCGGGGCCAAGCAGAUGAAGAAGAACCAGUUCUACCAGAUCUUUCUAGUGCUGUUCAACGUGGCCAAUGUCCAGGUAAUCGAACGAACCCUUCAUGCCAUCACGAAGGAUACGAAGUUCGUGAGCCCCCAGGCGUGGAUUGAUCUCUUCGAACUUUACACCACGGACGACCUUUCUAAGCGAAUGCGGUUUGCCUUCGAAGUUUAUGAUACUAAGAACACCGGCGUAAUCGAUCGCGAACAAGUAGGCGUGGCAUGCGAGAAAUUCUUUAGCGAAGGCAACGACGAGGAUGAACUCAUUGAGCUUAGGGCGGACAUGACUGAAUUCAUCAUGAAGAAGUUCGAUGUUGACAAGGAUGGUGUUAUUUCCUAUGAAGACUACUCUUCGGUUGUCUCCCAGCAGCCAGUUUUGGUUGAGUUCUUGGGCUGGCUUUUUCCGUCGAACGAGGAGAAGAAUGCCAUGUUCCAUGUUAUCAACAUGGAUUCCAUGCUUAAAUAUGGUAGCCCGUAGUUCAAAUAAACCGGCUUUGCUAAAAAACUUUUGUAAAUAA